AUGGCGAAGAGACCGCGCAGUGAGGAAGAAGAUGACGACCUUCAGUAUGCAGAUCACGACUAUGAAGUACCACAGCAAAAAGGGUUGAAGAAGAUAUGUAACAGAGUAAAAUGGACACGUGAUGAGGAUGAGAAGCUAAAGAAGCUGGUAGAACAAAAUGGUACAGAUGAUUGGACUUUCAUUGCUAGUCAUCUACAAAAUCGUUCGGAUUUUCAGUGCCAGCAUCGCUGGCAGAAGGUUCUAAACCCAGAAUUGAUUAAAGGUCCCUGGACUAAAGAAGAGGAUCAGAGGGUUAUUGAACUAGUUCAGAAGUAUGGUCCAAAACGCUGGUCUUUAAUUGCAAAACACCUAAAAGGGAGAAUAGGCAAGCAGUGCAGAGAGAGAUGGCAUAACCACCUCAAUCCUGAGGUAAAGAAAUCUUCAUGGACAGAAGAUGAAGACAGAAUAAUCUAUGAAGCUCACAAGCGUUUGGGAAACAGAUGGGCUGAAAUUGCAAAACUUCUUCCUGGAAGGACAGACAAUUCAAUAAAAAAUCAUUGGAAUUCCACUAUGCGACGAAAAGUGGAACAGGAAGGAUACUUACAAGAUGGAAUCAAGACUGAGCAGCCUAGUUCAUCAAAACUUCAACACAAACCUUGUGCCACUGUAGAACACUUACAAACCCAAAAUCAGUUUUACAUACCUGUUCAGAUUCCAAGUUACCAGUAUGUGUCAUCAGAAGGCAGCUGUAUAGAACAUGUUUCAACUUCUUCAAACUUUAUUCAGCAUCCAUUUGUUGAUGAUGAUCCUGAUAAAGAAAAGAAAAUAAAGGAACUUGAGUUGCUCCUUAUGUCAGCUGAGAAUGAAAUCAGAAGAAAGCGAGUAUCAUCUCAAACUGGAAGUUUCUCUAGCUGGUCUGGAAGCUUCAUCAUGGAAGAUAGUAUGACUAAUACUCUAAAUAGCCUUGAGGAACAAACAAGUGAGUUUUACAGUAUGGAUGAGGCCCAGGGCACAUCUGCGCAGCAGAAUUCACCCACCAAGUACCUAGCUGUGGAGGCGAAUGCAGUGUUGUCAUCUCUACAGACCAUUCCAGAAUUUGCAGAGACACUAGAGCUUAUUGAAUCUGAUCCAGUAGCAUGGAGCGAUGUCACCAGCUUUGACCUUUCUGAGGCUGCUAAUUCCCCUGUCAAACCUGCUCCAGUAACAUUAAUGAGGAUUCAACACAAUGAAGGGGCUAUGGAGUGCCAGUUUAAUGUCAGUGUUGUUCUUGAUGGCAAAAAAAAUAGUUGUAGCAGUGGAGAAGAAGAGAUUCUUUCAACAUCUCCUUCCAUAGCCAAGUUCAGCACUCCACCUGCUAUCCUAAGGAAGAAAAAAAGAUUGCGAGUUGGACAGUCACCAGUCAAUGAACUGAAUGACGGGUCAUAUAAUGAUGCUGUCAGUGUUGCACUAAAACAAACACCCGUAAAAACACUACCCUUUUCCCCAUCACAGUUUUUCAACACAUGCUCCGGAAAUGAACAGUUUAACCUUGAAAAUCCUGCGUUUACAUCAACUCCAAUUUGUGGGCAGAAAGUCCUUAUUACAACUCCUCUCCACAAGGAAAUGACACCAAAAGACCAAAAGGAAAAUGCAGGUUUUAGAACUCCAACAAUUAGAAGAUCUUUACUGGGUACCACACCAAGGACUCCAACGCCUUUUAAGAAUGCUCUAGCUGCUCAGGAGAAAAAAUAUGGCCCUCUCAAAAUUGUGUCACAACCACUUGCCUUCUUGGAAGAAGAUAUUAGAGAGGUUUUAAAAGAGGAAACUGGAACAGACAUAUUCCUUAAGGAGGAAGAUGACUCUGUCUAUAAAAGCUGCAAGAAAGAGCACACUUCUGCCAAGAAAGUCAGAAAAUCAUUGGUCUUGGAUUCUUGGGAAAAAGAAGAACUUGGUGCCCGACUCUUCACAGAAGAUAAUGUUUUGGAUGUACAGUCAGAAAAUAUCUAUACUACAUCUUUACUAAUGAUACCGUUGCUGGAAAUACACGACAACAGAUGUAAUGUGACAUUGGAGAAACAGGCUACAACUUCAACAAGCAAAACAAAUGCAGUAAUUAAAAAGAAACUGAAUUCUUGUACUUCAAAAAAUGUCAAAAUGGAAAAGUCUCUUCAGUCAAAUUGUGAGUGGGAAGCAGUUGUUUAUGGAAAAACAGAAGAUCAGCUUAUCAUGACCGAACAAGCAAGAAGAUAUCUGAGCACAUAUACAGCUUCCGGCAGCACUUCAAGAGCUCUAAUUCUGUGA